AUGAGAACUCAGAUCUUAAUUAUUAAUGGUAUUAUUUUGGCAAUUAUCAUUCCUUCAAUCAUAUUGACUUAGACAAUAAACUUAUAUUAUGUAUAGUAAAUAUUGAGCAAUUCUGAAAAGGAUAUUAUGCUCAAGGAGAUGUUUAACCAUUUAUCGAAUUCAGCUGAUUCUAUAAAUAGAUAACUCAACUCUUUAUUUACAAGAACUUAAAUUACUCUGACUAAUCUGAAUUAAUUAUAUUGGCUUUAAUUGAGAAAUAAUAUUUGGAUCAAAAAACCAAUCUCUCGUCCUUGUGACCCAGAAUCAGCACAUUUGCCUCCUGAGCAUUCCUAUUCUCUUCCGUGUUAUUAGUAUCUUGCACUUAAUUAAAAUGAUUUUGAGCCUUUAGAAGAUUUAACUGAAUAAACAUUAAGAAAUCAUACCAAUUUUUUUGGUUCAAAUGCUUUUGGUAUCAUGGGCCUUGAUGACCCCUAUAUCCCUAAUUAAUUUUACUUUGUUUCUUCAAUAGACCUUUAUGAAUUUAGUUACAUCUACCCUCAAGAUUUUAGAUUAGAAAAUUUUCAUCCCAAAGAGAGACUAUGGUACCAACAACAUUUCGAAAAUUUAAAGAAGGACAAGCGAAACAACACUCAAUUAAGUGAUGUGUAUAAAUAUUUUGGAUCCGAACCUAAGUAUUCAAUGACUAUGACACAAUCUAUGUUAAAUUCUAAUUGGGAUGUUCAAGGUCUCUUUUGUUCAGACAUCAUAUUUUAGAAUAGCAUGAUCCGAAUUGAAACCAUCAAUAUUAUGAUAGCAGAUCAAAAAGGACAGUUGCUAUUAACCAAUUAUAAAAACAAGGAAAUAUCUAAUUCAUCAGAACUCAAAAACUUUGCAGACUCAGAAAUCACAGGAUUCAACUCCGAAGAUUGGAACUGCCUCAUCAAUUAUUACAAUAAACAUACUAUCUAGUCUACUUGUCAUUUAUCAACUCAGGAUAUCUUAUGUCGAUACAAUACAGUUUAUGAGAAGGAUGUCGUCAUAACAAUUCAAAAGCUUAGAAAUAUCAAUUAUUAUCUAAUUCUCUUUUAUGAUUUGCAAAUUGAGAAUGACAUUGCUGAAUAAAUGAGGGAUCUCAAUUUAAUAUUUAAUAGAGAAAGUCAGUAGAUAACAAUGAUUACAUUACUAAUUUCUUUAUUACUAAUAUUGGUCUCAGUUGUUUUGAUUUAUCUAAUAUUUUAGCCAAUAUAUUAGGUGAUUGAUCUAUCAUCUUUGUUUCUCAAGAAAAGAGAGUAAUGUAGUAAUACAAGAUCAUUUCAAUUUAAAAAUUAAAUACAAGAUAGGAUUCUAAAAAGAAAAGUAGAAUCUCAGAAUUGCAGCAAUGUUUUAAUAUAGUUCAAAAUUCAAUUUGAUUCCUUAUUCGAUAGAGUCUUAACGCAGACAAUGACGAUAAAUCCUUAAUGUAAAAUACUUUAACAAUUUAAAUAUCCUCGAAACAAUACGUUGUAUGUUUUGAAGAUGGAUAAAUUACUAAAUGAAGGAUUGUUAAAAGAUGAUUACUAUGGAUAUAAUAAGUAAAAUGUAAAUGUGAAAUCUUUUCUAAAAAAAUCCUUCAAUGAAACUAAUUGA